AGUGCGCGUUCUGCCUUGCUGGUGUGUGGAACAAACUCUGUGAUGACGAAUCUCUAGUAGUCAGCUGUGAGUUCGUAGCGUGUGUUGAGUGUGGUAGAGUGAUAUUAUGACAUCAAGCUUGUGUUAUCAGUGAGUGAUAGUGAUGGAUACCCCUUCAGGUGGGGGCAGGGAUUCCCGGUACAGUAUGGGCUACAACAUGUCCCUGCUUAGUGGAGAAACAGCUCCCGAAAUGUACCAUAACGCAGUCCAUAGCCGGCCCUCCACUUCCAUAACUUCGGCACUAUCGAGAUCCUCGCUGUCUAUGUCAAGUGCUUGUUCGGCCAAUCUACAACGUGGCCUGAAAAGAACUUCGUCAGAUGUUUGUUUUGACCAGGACUCGGGUCGCGGACCCGGCUCGGUCCCUGGUGCCGGCGACUGUGGCUCCGAUCUUGGUGAUGAGGGAUUUUCGCCCUCAACCCAGAAGGGUUCGCCGCCUUCCAAUGGCAAAAAGACCAAAGGACGUGUUAAAAUUAAGAUGGAGUACAUUGACAACAAAUUACGGCGGUACACAACGUUUUCUAAACGAAAGACUGGCAUUAUGAAGAAGGCCUACGAACUGUCAACCCUGACCGGCACCCAGGUGAUGCUACUGGUGGCGUCAGAAACAGGCCAUGUGUACACAUUUGCCACUCGCAAACUGCAGCCUAUGAUCACGUCAGAGACUGGCAAGGCACUCAUCCAGACGUGUCUCAACUCACCCGACCCGUGUCCGGCGGGCGGCGGAGGCGAACGCAUGUCCGUCAGCGGCUUUGAGGAGACCGAACUGUCCUACAACAUCGGUGAUGACGAGCAGAAAGAGGAAAUGUAUCCUGAAAUGCUGAGUGGAAAUGAUUCUUCAAGUUCCAGUUCUCCAGCGCCGCCUCCAGAAUUGUCCAAUCCCAGCAGGGAACUGAGUUUGCUCCAGCAGCAGCUGAGACAGGCCACCUCUUCACCACGACUGAGCAGCACCGCCACCAACCACCAGGACACCACGACACCACCUAACCACCACCAGUCUCAACCACCGCCACCACGAUCGCCACCACUGCAAGCCACACCAGCACACCAGAGCAACGCCCGCACUUCAGUUAGCACAGCAGCAGCAAACUUCGCCCGCAGCCUAGUGUACCAGACACCAGGGGGCGGCGUGGUUUACGCGGCACCCAACGGGGGCGUCAUUUUCAGCCUAGGCAGUGCUGCCGAGGGAGCCUCCAACACAAGUGCCGCCUCCACCCAAUCACGGUUCAGCGCCUCCGCCUCUCAGCCGCCCCAGGCCCCGCAGUUCAUCACAAUUCCACUGCCUCUCACCCUGGGUGCCUCGGGGGCCUUGAAUGCUAGCACCGCCUCCAGUGCUAGUGCUGGUCCGGCUGAUCUCAGCAAGUCGAAAAAGUGACUACCGCCCCUCUUCAGUCUCAAAACUAGCACAAUACAAUGCUAUAAAAUAGUUGUUGUGAAGUCAAUAUUUCAAUACUACAGUAUUGUGUUAUGAAUUGUAUUUUAUCAUAUUCACCAUAAGCUACAGUAAUAUUGUCUUUACAGUAUGAUACCGUAGUAUUGAAAUAAUUGUUUCAUAGAGGAAAGAUAGCUUCUUUUUUAAAAUUGUAUUCGCCAUAAGAGUAUCGUAUGUUCAAGACAAUAUAAAAGGUACGCUACCACUGUAUCGUGAAUACUACAGAGCUCAUGCAGCCUAGGGAUUGUGCUCUUUUUCGCCAGUAUAUUCUAUAAAAUUAUAUUUAUUUAUAAAGGAAUAACCUAGUUGAUAGGUUUUUUAUUUGAAAGAUUAAUACCCUCUUCUAGAGCUUUUUUCAAUGACAUAAAUAAUUUCAGAAAGUUAUCCAUUUUCAAGAAAAAUUCAGAAAAAUUUGAUCAAUAUGGCUUCCGUUGAAGUGGAAACAUUUUUUUUUCUUAUGACGAAUGAAAUUGACUUUACAAUAACCAGACUCGAACCGAUGGAUAGUGUAUCUAUCGAGAUCUUUUGAGUAUCCAAAAUGUACUCGAUAAAAUGUACUCGAUAAUAAUUCUAAAAUAAUAUAUUAUUUAUUUCCACAAAAUAAGCAACAGACAGCUUGUGAAAGUGCAAGAAAAUAAAUUACUCAUGCACUAUAGUGUAAUUGAAAUUACAUCACAUGAUAUUGAUAAUGAAUAAGAGCGAGGCAAAGAUUAUUUACUAAGGAUACGCACAUGUGCUGUGUGUCGUUCAAUUACAGUAGAAGCCAUUUUUAAAAUAGGCCUACUGCUACUCUUUCAUGUAGGUUAAAUUUAACAGAUUUGUGGAAUAUACUGUUUAUUAAAUGAAUAAUGUAAUAGAAAGUUGAAAUUCCGUAUGGUUUCAGACACUCUGUAUUGUAUACCGGUACUCAUUUUGUGAUUAUGAUGGCAAUUAAAUUCAGCAGUAUGUCGUGGUAAAGGCAAUACUAUACGACAGUAUAAUCUUAUAAAACAGAUACAAUUGACCUAACAUUAUGGUAUAUGUAGUAAAGGCAAUACAGAACGGUACUAAAGUAUUGAGUUGUCUUCGGCUGAAAAGAAGUGGUUUAGUAACCACUGACCUUAGUCUGUGGUGCGGAGUUUCAUAAAGUUAUAACUUGAAGUUGUAAGUAGAAUUGCAGGUUCCAAAUCUCAAUCACUACUUACUUAAUUGAUCCCCACGUUUACGAUCUCGCCACAAAUUACUGCGUUAAAAACGUUGUUCUAAUUGGCAAGGCUACGCAGUUCUUCACAUUUUUUUCUUUUCUAUAAAAUGGUUCAAUAUCUAAUGAUUCUUGAUGGUUGAAAUUGAAAUACAGGAUAUCCACGAGAACGAUUAACAGAAAUAAACUUUGAAGAAGCCCUGCGCACAGUACUGCGAAUCGCAUGACGACGACGGUUUCAACCAUUAUACCAAGAUUUGAGAAUUCAAUUCUUCUACUCCCGUCGCCAUCAUGCGAUUGGCAGUGGUGUGCGCAUGGAUUGAGAAGAAAUUCGUUGCCAUAACACAGUUGAGCUGUACGGAAUUGGUGAAAUUAUUGGUUGUUUAUUCCAAGGAAUUUUAAGCAAUCAAAGCUUGCUUGGCUAUCAACUUUCUUAAUGAUCGUCUUUGAUUUUCAUUUAUUAAAAAUUGAAUUAUUUUUUGUGAUUCGUUCAUGUUCCAAAUAAUUCAAUUCAGAACUAGAAAUAAACAAUAAAAUAUUUGAUACUAAAAUCAUGAAUACAGAUUUGUAAGCUUUAAAAUUGAUGACUACUAUUUUGCAUUUAUUACUCGAAUUACAUAGGUACUUGAAAAUGAUUACUAUAGUACAUUAUUUUCUACCUAUUCCUCUAUUUUACUAUUUAUGAAAAUAUGUGGGUGUUGAUCCAUUUAUUUACUUUCAAACAACACAAUAGAACUGAUGACAAUGUAUUUCCUGUCUAAAAAUUUGCUAUUAAACAAAUUUUCUUCUAUUCAAAUUAUUUAUCAAUUUUCUGGAUUUUUCAUCCGUAUUGUAGGUUAUUCAUUUUAACAUAAUAUCGUCGUCUUCCUACAAGGAUUAGGCAAUUUGCCUGUUCCGACUUCAAACUCACCAUCACAGCUAUCUUUUACGGGGUCUGCCCACACUUCUCCUCCGAACCGGGUUAUACGUUAUGACUGCCCUGGGAAUCCUGUCGCUCUCCAUCCUUUCAGCAUGAUCUUUCCCAGUUUUGCUGAUUUUCUUUAAUUUUUGGCCAUAGAAUAGAAUAUAAUAGAGAAAUACUUUAUUCACCAGAUGUAAGAAAUUCAAAGAACGGUGUCAAUAAAUUACAAUAUAAUUAAAAACUAGGUUAGCCUAGUAUAUAUAACAAAAACGUUUCGUCAAAAAUAAAUGUUGGAAAAAGAAUACGGUACAGCGACAAUUUGACCAGAUAUUCCUCUGAAUUCUUUGUAAACAUACUGAGAUUAUGUUGAGCUCGCUUCUUAUCGACAUUAUGAAGCCUAUCUUCCCUUGUGCACCCUUUUACUUUCCAACAUAAUAUAAUUAUGUUAAUAUGCAUUAAUGAAAAAAUCUACUCUUUUUCACGUACCGUAUUAUACAGUCAAAUAAAUGUUUAUUAUUUCUUCAAGGAUCAUGUUUACUCUAAAAUUGACAAACACUUUCUAAAAAAUAGAUUUUGAAGAAUCUUUAGCUAUGAAUUUUAAUCAAUUUCGAUCUCCAUAACCUUAGAGGUUUUGAAGAACUGCAUAGUCUAAGAAUUUUGUAAAUAUUCGAAACAGAGACUCGAUAAAUUAAUUUAGGAUAAGUAAAUUAAUAUUUUAUUAUUAAGUCAAUUAGGUGGAGUUUUUUCGAUUACUUGACAUUAAUGUUGUGAAUGGUUUUAGGAUCAAUAAUAUUUUUCUAAUAGACAUUCAACUGUUACAAUAUUCUACCAGAAUAAAUAAUAGUAUUUGUUAUCAUUUUAUUAGCUGAUCGUUUAAAUCAGCUAAGAGUAAAACACAAAUUAUGUGCCUUGCAUUCUCAAAUCUUUUUUGCUUAGAAGUUGAGGUUCAAUCAUUUCUGGAGAUUGAGUUUAUUAUUAUUCAUUUUUCAUAUUUGAAGACACAGUAGUUAUUUUUUUCAUUAUAUUUCAUUCAAAAAAUGCUCUAUACAUUCAGUAAUUGUUUUUUAUCAGAAUAAAAUAAGAAACUUUUUCAAUUGUUUCACUACAAAAGUUUUAUAAACUCCAGUAAUGCUUUAUGUUUUGCUACUUUCAUAAAGUUGGCUUGUUGAAUUCAGUGAACAUUUUUAAUUUUUACGAUCAACUUAAAUUGAAUUUUUGAACUUGUUUGUAUUAACAGUGUUAUGUGAAUUGUUUUGAGAUAAAUAGACCUAACUUGUGAUAACGUACGAUUAGGAUUUCCCGAUUAGUUUAAGUUAGAUUAUUUUGAAUAAUUAAUUAAUUUUUGUUUGUGUAUGAUGAUUAUUCUUAUGUGGACUAAUAUAACUGAUUUUUUAAACAAAUUAUUAUAAUUGUAGUCAAAAAACUGUUGUGGUUGUUCGUUGUCAAUCAUGGAGAAUAAUUUUACAGUUUACAAAAUUGAUAUGCCCUUCAUGAUUUAUAGAACACUAAAGUAAGUAUGAAAAUUGAAUUGAAUUUUAAUUAACAAAGCAUCAGUCAAAAUUCGUCAAUCGUUUUGUAAAUGUCAACAAUUUAAUUAUGUCAACAAAUGAUUACAAUAAAUUAUGAAUUCUUAGGUAUUCAGUUACCUUUAAACAAGUUACCUCUAUAACAGGUACCAAACAUCAUUUCACAAAACAUACAGUAGUGAAUCUAACAAAGAACUAACAUUAUUUAGCACCUCUUAUUUAUUUUCUUUUUUAUUCAAAAAAUAGAACAUAGAAUAGCAUUUGCAGUUCAUUCUAGUACUGUUACAAGCCUAACAAUUCAUGUACUUAUUACACAUCACCCUAAGCUACCAACUAAUACGCUUCUCAUCGGAAAUACUGUAGGUUAUUCAUGGUAUUUUGUUUCACAUUUUCUACUUUCUAACUUAAAUAUUACCAGAAAUAACAUGAUAGAAAAUAAUCAAGCAACCGAUCCUGUAAAUCGUGUAAAUUAUAAUCAAAUAAAUAAAUUGUUAGUUAUAAAUUAUUGUAGUGCUAAGUGAACACUGUGAUAGAGAAAAUUUAGAUUUUUUACAUUAUUCUUGCUCUGUCUUGUUUUACCAAAAUUUCAAAUUUAUAACCAUGUUGCAGCCUGUUUUCUUUUCCAAAGGACUGGAAUUAUCGAUUUUACUACGUAUAUACACUAUAGAAACAGAAAUAAAAUGGCGUGCUAUUUGAAAUUUGAUCCAAUUGAUUAAUUCAUAUGAAUAAUCUUUAAUUUUGAGUCUUCCCGCAGUAGGUAGGCUAUGAUAUUAAUUUAUGUUAUCACUAAAUCUAGUCUUGAAAAAAUUGUUUUUCUUUUUCAUGACUUCAUAUUUCCUCUUCCAAGUGAUUUUAAUGGGGAAGAGAAUUUAAUGGGGAAGCAAUAUGAUAUUUCUGACAAUAAUAUUAUUCUACCCAUUAAUAGUAGUGACUUGUUCCGACUGUUAUUUAUUUUGUUAAUAUUGAUAAUAAUUGUAACAAGUGCCAUGGUGUAUGUUGCUUGAUUGAAAAAACAAUUCACAAAAUAAAAUCUUUUCUACUCAAA